AUGAUGUUGGAUAAGGUUGAUACCCACAGGGAUGGUGAGAAGUUGUCAAAUUUUGGAUAUAUUUUAAAGGUAGGUGCAAAAGGAUUUGCCAGUGGAUUGCAUCUGGGAUAUCAUGUACAAAAUGAAGAAAACUAUGCACAAGUUCUUGAUAAGUUUGGGAGUAAUUUUUUAAGUCGAGACAACCCCGAUCUUGGCACCGCUUUUGUCAAGUUUUCUACUCUUACAAAGGAGCUGUCCACACUGCUGAAAAAUCUGCUCCAGGGUCUGAGCCACAAUGUGAUCUUCACCUUGGAUUCUUUGUUAAAAGGAGACCUAAAGGGAGUCAAAGGAGAUCUCAAGAAGCCAUUUGACAAAGCCUGGAAAGAUUAUGAGACAAAGUUUACAAAAAUUGAGAAGGAGAAAAGAGAGCAUGCAAAACAGCAUGGGAUGAUUCGCACAGAGAUAACAGGAGCUGAGAUUGCAGAAGAAAUGGAGAAGGAAAGGCGUCUCUUUCAACUCCAAAUGUGCGAAUAUCUCAUUAAAGUUAAUGAAAUCAAGACCAAAAAGGGUGUGGAUCUGCUGCAGAAUCUUAUAAAGUAUUAUCACGCACAGUGCAAGUAAGUAGAAUGUUGCAGUCAUUAUUAUUAGCCCAAGCAAUGUCCCCAUCACUUCAGUGGUUUUCUUAAUUCUCUUUCUUUUCUUCAUCUGGUGACUAUAUGUAGUGAUAUAAUGACCUUCUAUAAUGAG